CCUCAGCGCUCUGUGCCCGCCCAUCGCCGCCGCCGGGCCGCCCCUUCCCGCGAUAGCGCCGUCCCGGUGUCAUGGCGGCGGCGGCGGAGGAGCCCGAGGUGGACAUCGAGGGGGACCCAGCGGCCCCUCCCGGAGAUCAUGAAAACCCGGCAUCAAGCCUGCUGCAGGAUCACUAUCUCGAUUCAUCUUGGAGAACUGGCAACAGUCUUCCCUGGACGUUGGACAGCAGCAUUAGUGAAGAAAACAGGGCUGUCAUUGAGAAGAUGUUGCUGGAAGAAGAGUAUUAUUUAUCUAAUAAAUCACUUUCUGAAAAAAUAUGGCUCAACCAAAAGGAAGUGGAGAAAAGAUCUGUGAAAAGCCCUCAUAAGAAAACUGGAAAAGUCAUAGUCCGGUCACCUGCAAAACCACCUGGCUGCUCCCUGAAGUGGACAUUGGAGGAAAAAGAGCUAUUUGAGCAAGGACUGGUGAAAUUCGGCCGCCGGUGGACAAAAAUCGCCAAGUUGAUCGGGAGUCGAACUGUCCUGCAAGUCAAGAGCUACGCUCGGCAGUACUUUAGGAACAAGGCAAAAAAUGGUGAUUCUGAAAAAGAAGAGCAAAGUCAGUGUGGGAGCAGUGUUCCCAUGGACGAUGGGAUAAGGGCGGAAACUGGAAAUUUGAGAGGCCGUGCAGACCCCAAUCUGAAUGCAGUGAAAAUUGAAAAGCUGUCAGAUGAUGAAGAAGUAGACAUAACUGAUGACAUGGAUGAGCCACUCUCUCCUACCUUCCAGCAAGAAACUGGAAAAUCUGACUUACCUGUUAUUCAAAAAAGUCCAGUUGAAGAACCAGAAGGAAUGGAACACGGUUUGUCAUCUGCUGGACACAGUUCUGCAAUUGCUUUGCCUAAAGAAGAUCCUCAGCAGACCAGGCAGGAUACAGUGGAUGCUUUGGUAUUUCCUGCUGUGGCAGCAAUGUGUUCCCAGCACCUGAAUGGGGAUAAAUCUUUGAGCUUAGAUUUCCAGCAGUACAACAGUUACAUUGAGAAAGCUGAACAAGAAGGAGCAGUAACAUCUCAUGGUACUGGACAAGCGACUGCUCUGGAGCCCAGUGAGGAGCAAAGAAACCCGGCUGACAGUGGAUUGCUUUUUCCUUCUCCCUGCCAAGCGGAUGAAGAUCAUCAGGAGGAAGCAGAGGAGCUGAAGCCCCCUGAUCAAGAAGUGGAGGUUGACAGGAGCAUCAUUCUGGAAGAGGAAAAGCAGGCUAUUCCCGAGUUCUUUGAAGGGCGCCAGGCCAAGACACCAGAGCGUUACUUGAAAAUCAGGAAUUAUAUUUUGGAUCAAUGGGAGAGAUGUAAACCCAAGUACCUGAACAAGACCUCGGUGCGUCCGGGCCUGAAGAACUGCGGCGAUGUCAACUGCAUUGGGCGGAUCCACACGUACCUGGAGCUGAUCGGAGCCAUUAACUUCGGCUGUGAGCAGGCCGUGUACAACCGGCCCCAGGCAGCCGACAGGACGCGCUCCCGGGAGGGCAAGGACGCGGUGGAAGCCUAUCAGCUCGCCCAGCGCCUGCAGUCCAUGCGCACGAGAAGGCGGCGAGUGCGAGACCCCUGGGGAAACUGGUGUGAUGCCAAGGAUUUGGAAGGACAGACAUUUGAGCAUCUCUCAGCUGAAGAAUUAGCAAGAAGGAGAGAGGAAGAAAAACUGAAACCUGCAAAAUCUUCUAAAGGUUCGAGACAAACCAAAAGUUCCUUUGAUCCCUUUCAGCUGAUACCCUGCUGUCUGUUCACGGAGGAAAAGCAGGAACCUUUUAAGGUGAAAGUGUCUUCUGAAGCACUUCUAGUAAUGGAUUUGCACUCUCACGUGUCUCUGGCAGAAGUGAUAGGGCUGCUAGGUGGAAGGUACUCUGAAGCUGAUAAAAUUGUAGAAGUGUGUGCAGCAGAGCCCUGCAACAGCCUCAGCACAGGCCUGCAGUGCGAGAUGGAUCCGGUGUCCCAGACACAGGCCUCGGAAACUCUGGCUGCCAGAGGAUUCCAGGUCAUUGGAUGGUACCAUUCCCACCCAGCCUUUGACCCCAACCCCUCCAUACGAGACAUUGACACUCAAGCCAAAUACCAGAGCUAUUUCUCCAGGGGUGGGGCCAUGUUCAUUGGAAUGAUCAUAAGCCCUUACAACCGAAAUAAUCCCCUGCCGUAUUCCCAGAUCACCUGCCUGGUCAUCAGUGACGAGCUCAGUGCUGAUGGUUCCUACCGCCUGCCCUACAAAUUCGAAGUGCAGCAGAUGAUGGAGGAGCCUCAGUGGGAAUUAGUAUUUGAAAAAACAAGGUGGAUAAUUGAAAAGUACAGAUUUUGCCACAGCAGUGUCCCCAUGGAUAAAAUCUUUCAUAGGGAUUCUGACCUGACUUGUUUGCAGAAACUUUUGGAGUGCAUGAGGAAGACUUUGGGCAAGGUAACAAACUGCCUCAUUGCUGAAGAAUUCUUGACUCAGAUAGAAAACUUAUUCCUCUCCACGUACAAGAGUGAGGAAAAGGGCAAUGCUGAUGGAAGUGAGAAGGAAUGUUCACACCAAUUGCCACUGUGAUGGCCUUGGCAAACCAAAAUGAUGGAAUUUGGAUGUUAUUUUUCAAUUUCUCUCCUUCCUCCUCAUUAUGUCAACUCUUUCAGAAUUGUUAUCCAUCUCAGUAGUGACUGUGACAGAAUCCAGUGUGUUCUUACCUUGGUGGUUUAAAGGUACUUGGGAAGCUCCUUUUGGGUGUGACCCCCGUGCC